UGCGGGCGUGUUCCUCACUCGCCUGUUCCGGGCGCUUGACUGGGGGGCGGCUGUUCCGAUUCUCUGCCCAGGUCCUCCCUGGCACCGGGGCUCGGCGUGUCCAUGGCCGUGGAAGGAGGUCUGGAACCCGGCUGCGGCUGCAAGGGGAUUCGCUCUUGUCUGAUAUGCGAAAAACAGAACGAGAGAAAAAUCAAUGCAAAAGUACAGACGCCACAGCAGACACGCUCCCAUUUUGUGUAUGAGCCGGCCUCUGGGCUGGCUGUGGCCGAGGAGGAACUUGGCGCUGGCCGGAGGUCCUUCCCUUUCCCGGGAGUCUUCCUGUGUGAGGACUUUGUGAGCGAGGAGGAGGAGAGGGAGAUGGUGCAGCAGAUGGAUCAGGACGAGUGGAAGCAAUCUCAGUCUGGACGGAGAAAACAGGACUACGGGCCCAAGGUGAACUUCAAGAAGCGCAGGCUGAAGUCGGCUGGUUUUAGCGGGCUGCCCGGGUUUAGCAGGCUGGUAGUGAGGCGUAUGAAGGAGCAGCCGAUCCUGAAGGACUUCCAGCCUGUGGAGCUGUGCAACCUAGACUACCACCCCCAGCGUGGCUCCUCCAUCGACCCCCACCUGGACGACAGCUGGCUGUGGGGCGAGCGCCUGGUCACCCUCAACCUGCUGUCGGACACGGUGCUGACCAUGAGCAGCGCCGGCACCAUGGAGCCGCUGUGCACAGGGCAGGUGGAGGUCUCCAUCCCCUUGCCCAGGAGGUCUCUGCUGGUCCUGUACGGGGAGGCGCGGUUCCAGUGGAAGCACGGCAUUCGCCGGGAGGAUGUAGCCGCUCGGAGGGUCUGCAGCACUUUCAGGGAGCUGUCAGCGGAGUUUCUGCCUGGAGGGGAGCAGGAGGCGCUGGGCUGUGAAUUGCUGGGUAUAGCCCAGGGCUUUCGAGGGGUCCCGGUGUAACACUGUGAAUUUCAAUUAGCACGUCACAUUGGUUUAGCCUCAUCAGAACAAGGGGGAGGUAUUGCUUGAGGUUACAAUGGACUGGAAAACGUAUUUGACCACCUCUUCUAAAAUAAGCAGUAGGUUUCCCACAAGUACAAUGUUCCCCCUUUACUGCCAGUACAGAAGGGUACACUUGUGACUGCCAGACUGGUACAACAUUCAGCCCUUAAGUGGCCAGACAGCUGUGCCGAGACGCAUGGAACUUUCUUUCAGAGCGAAUCUAUCACAAGUUUCAGGCUGCUGAUAAGCAUAACAUUUUAUGUAGCUUUCCAGCACUUAAUCAUAAAGCUAUGUUGGUUUAAUUUUAAGAAAGCUGUGGUAGACAGUGUAAGUACAGUUUCUGUUAAUACUUGGAUCAUUAUUGCUGUGUUACCUGUUUGACAAUGUGGGCAAUAAACCUUACACUAUCGGUGCACUAGAGCAGACAUUUUGAAAAGAGCUUUAAAGCAGACUUAGUUGCGAGUGUAAAAUUGUCAGGAUGUUCACAAUGAAAAGAAAAUACAGGCAUGUCAUUUAAACAGUGGUAACAGCACGUGGAACAAUGGAUUUUCCGGAAUCCUGCUACUUCAUGUCAGUAUAAUAACGUGUAAUCCAUUUGAGUCUUGAGCUCAAUAAAUACAUUUUAAAGGAA